AUUCAUGAAUGAAUGGUUAAUUUCUCGUUAUUUUGAGUUCUUGUAAGUCAAAAAUUAAUAAUAAUCCAUUUAAUUAAUUUUUUGUCAUGCUAUGUCUCAUGCAAAAUAAUUUCCCGUUCUGCAUUUAAAAGUUCUGUAUACUCUGUGGUUUUUAUUUCUCGGUAAAUUGUGACUGAAUGUUGAAGUUAGGAGUGCUUGAAGGUGUCCGCUGUGUCCAGAAUCAAACAGGAUUUUAAAUUUUCUCGGUGCCUUCUUCACACUCUUUUGCCAUUAAAUUUAUCAACAAUAUUUCAAGAAUCCAGCUGAAAAAUGGUGGAAAAUACAGAUCAUUCGAAUUUGAUCCGCACCGCUUCCUCUGAGUUCUUGAAGAGCAAUUUUGAUCCAGAUGAGAAGGAAAUCGACCGUCUCGAGAAGUUCAAGGAAUGCGUCCGGGAGACUGUUAAAGAAGUAGCUUGCAGAGUAACAUUUGAAAGGUUUAACAGCAUUGUCUCUGACCUCAAGGUAUUUCAGCAGAAAUCCAGAUCGGCAGUAAAAAUGCAUAAUAUGUUAAAAACCAACAUUGAAUCAAAGUGUAUGAGUGACCUGGAUGACAUGAUAGAAGAAGCUGGUUUUCCAGAAAAAUUUCAACAACUCUCGCAAAUUGUGGAACAAAAUGCUCCCUAUGUUGGAGAAAAAGCAUGGAGACCAACAGGAAACACAAAAGAUGAUCUACGGACGCAAAGAGUGAUGGCAAAAUUGAAGCAAAUUGAAGAGUUGGAGAAAAAAGUUUUGGCUAAAGAGGCCACAGCUGAGAGCCUUCGUGCGGAUGUUACCACAAUUCGACAAAAAGCAAGUUACGUAAAUGCUGAAAUAACAUCAAUUUUGGGAAAAGCAGAAACCACUUGUGAUGAAAAAUUAAAGAAAAUCCACGAGCUAACUGAAAGUACGAGUGUAGUGAGGGCUGAAGACGACCAGAAUAAUAAAUGUGUGAUGAGAUAGUCAGGCCUCAGUUUUCAGUACAGAUACUGAGGAUUAAAUGUUCGUUUUACACCUUAUAUUUUUACAGUGCCAGAUCAAGAUCAGUACGGUAGAAUUGCUCAAUUUCAAGCACUCAAAGUAUGUAAAUAAUAGUUUUAUGGUGAGUUUUUUAGUUUUUCGCCUUGUAAGGACAUCCACAUCUUUUCUGGUACAGCAAUGAUUAAUUUUUCAGAAACUUCUGCUGUACACUAUUUUGAAGUCUUUUAAAAUACCUAACCAACAGAUUUUUCUCGUAGCUGCCGAUAGCUGAAUCAACAAGUUCUGUAACUUAAUCCUUUGCAAUACCCUAUCUUGUGCUUGAAAAGUUAUGAAGUCUCUCUUGAUGCAAAAGUUAGAUAAAUUGCUGUCAACUCUACAAUGGGCGCUUGUAAAUAGUAACCAAGUUUACUAGAUCAGCCAAUAUUUCAGUUAUUUUAAGCGGAAACGCUGUCAUAGUUUGAUUUGAAAAAUUCUGUGAUGAGUGAAGGACCCUUUCAAAAUUUGACAAUAAUUAAGGCUUAAUAUUUGUAUUAUAUCAAAAUAUGAGUUGUCAAGCUUCUUAUUCUAUUACUUAUUUGAAUAUAUUUGAAUUAAAUUAUAAUGAGAAGAACUUUUUCUCCAUGAUUUCCUUCCUUUUUGUAAAAUAAAAUAAUGAGAAAAAAAACUUGAGAUUAGACCUUUCUUGUACGAAGUCAAAUGAAAGGCCAGAAUUGGCAACCACAAGUUCCAGGUUUUAGAGCAGCAGUUUAGCACAAAAUAGCUAAAAUCUUGUAGAUCUAUCUUGGCAGUUCUGCCAUGCUAAAGAAGAAUGGCUUUUAAGUUCAAAAAUUGCCCAAAUCCCUUUGAUAAAUUACUAAUAUUUGGGGAAACUUAUGGAUUUUUUUCUUCCCAUUUUUUUAGUGAAUUUUAUUCGCAAUUGAAUGAAAAGUAUUGGAAAAUUUGAAGAGCAAGUGUUUAUAGCUUUCUUCGAGAGUACAUAUUUUAUCGGGAAAAAGUUUUUAACUUUUGAAUUUCUUCUUCAUUUUUCCCUAACAUGACAGAGUAGAGGAAGGAAUUGUUUCAGAAUUUAUUUUUAUCUUAAUACAACUCAAUUCGUCUAUUGAAAAGUUUCCCUCUCAUCUAACUUUUUUCUUUUUCCAAAUUACGUUGAAAAAUAGAAAAAAGAAACAAAUUGCAAAUACCAAAGUUUUUUUAACUUUCAAAAAAUACCUCAGGACAAAUGAGUAAGUUUUGGGGAGUCCUACCUGAACAUUCUAUCGAUCAAUGGCUCCAAUGCGAAACCACGUAUCUCCAUCUGCGACGUUGUAGACUUCCCAUCAUACUUAAUUUUUUUUUUUUUUUGCAAAACUAAUUAACGUAAUUUCUUGAAAGCUCCUUUGAUUUUUCUUCUAUGCUAGCAGAACAUGCUGUAUUAAUUUUAAGCUAUAAAGUUUUGUUGUUUCUCUUUGAAAAAAUAAAAUGGGAGCAAACGUGUUGAAACACCACAAUGGAGGUAUGCGGUUUUGCACUUUGACCAUUGAUAUACUCAGCAAUUUUAAAGCGAUCUGUGGUUCAUUUUUCAAAUUUUCUUUGUACUUUUUAUAUUCAAAGGGAACAUGAGCCUUGGUUUGAAUUCAAGCAAAAAACGUUGUGAACUAAUGUAAAACUGAAAUAAAUGUAAGGCAACUAAAGUAAAUGUAAUUUGAUUAAUGUAAAACUAAACAAAAUGAAGUAAUGAAUCAGAUAUUUAUUUA